AUGGCCACGAGGAGACAGCACUGGGAAUCCCGCGCAAGGCGCGCUACGCAAGACGCCUUGGCGAGUGGGCGGGGCUCAGAGAGCGCCUUGACCUCACGCUCCCACGGCGCACGGGGGGCACGCUGGCGCGGAGCGGGUGGUGUGCGUGAGGAGUUGGCUUCGGCAGGUCUCAGGGACGAGCCUUGGGGAAGCAGCGGAGCCGCGGCCGGAGCCCCAGUGUGCCUCACCGCUUUCUCCCUGGAGGUGCUUGGUGACCUGAAGUGCCUGGGACUCCACGCCCCUCGUGCAGCCGGACAGACGACGCGCAGCUACCUCUGGGCCCUUGCCACACUUAAGUUUAAGAGCCCCCCACCUGAGCCCUGCCAGGAGCUGGGCGAGGAAGGCAGAAGGUCUCCAGUUGAAACGCCCCCCAGGCCGCCCCCCAGGGGCCUCUCCCGGGCUCACAGGGAGCUCAGAACAUCCAGCUCUGGGACCGAGGACAGACACCAUCUGGGCCUGAGAGCCCUGGAUGGCCUGGCCCCCCCUGAGGCCCAGCCUGAAGCUCCCGCAGGAGACCCGCAGCCAGAGGCGAAGACACCACCCGGGCAGGAAGAACCUGCAGCCUCUCUGGCCCCAGCCCCAGACACUGACGGGCAUUUUCCUCCGCUGGAGGAAGAUGGUUCUCCGGCUCCUGCAGGAGACCAAGGGCCACAGGAGAAUCCAGCAGCAGCCCUGCAGGAAGAGCCUGCACUGACUGCUCCAGCGGCCCCUAGACUAAGUCCUGAGCUGGCUCAGGCAAGAGCCCCGGGCCAAUUUCCAAAACCACCUUCCCCAAAGCCCCCUCCACCCCUGCAAGUGCCCUCCCCAGCAGCUCCCCAAAAGCCCCACUCACCCUCUCCCCCUCCCGAAAUGUACUCUCCUUCCCCUCUCGCCAUUUGUCUUUGGAUGUGUAUUGAUUUCCUAUUUCUCUUCCAUGUUAUGUAUGGUGUAAUUUACUUUAUGUUUUAGA